AUGGGUGACUUGAAUUUGAUUUUUGAAAAUGAUUCAAGAGGAGCAGUUCCUCAUACUUCUUCUUCAAAUACUUCUUUUACUUCUUCAUCCAGAGAUUCUACUUACGUCAACAUGAUAUUUGAAGCUGGUCUUGAGGAUAUGGGUUACACAGGCAGAUCAUUCACUUGGUCUGGUAAUAUUCAUGGGACCGGAAUUCGUCGUUCAAGGUUGGAUAGGGCUUUAUCGAAUGAAGAGUGGGUUCUUUCUUUUUCAGAUGCAAAACUUAUGCAUUUGCCACAGCUGGGGUCUGAUCAUUGUCCAAUAAUGCUAGAUACUUCUUAUUCAGAUGGUGACAGAAAAAGAAAUUGGAAGUACUUCCAAUGUUAUGAGAGAGAUGAUACUUUGAAGGUUGAAAUUGUUGUUGUUUGGAAUCAACCAGUCUUAGGUUCUCAUUCUUUCCAACUAUCCAAAAAGUUGGUUUUUGCUAGACAAUUUAUUUCAAAAUGGAACAAGGAAAAGUUUGGGAAUAUUCAAAGCAAUAUACAUCUGCUGCAUCAUCAGCUAAAGCAAUUACAACAAAAUAUCCAGCAUACUCAAAACAAUGAUCAAGUUCUUGAGGUUGAGAAGCAGAUAGAGCAUUGGCAGCAUAUACAAAAUGAGUUUUGGGGACAGAAAUCAAGGGAUCAAUACUACAUGGAAAUGGACAGAAACACUAAAUUUCAUCACACAAAUGCCAACAGAAGAAGGUCCAGAAUUCAUAUUGCUGCUUUAAAAGAUAGUUCUGGAAAUUGGUGCACUACAAGAGUGGAGCUGGAAAACUUGCUUGUCACACACUAUAGUGACAUUCACACAACAUCAAACCCAGAAAGGAAUGAAGAUAUCUUAAACUGCAUUCCACAAGAAAUUUCAGAAGAAGAUAAUCAAAUGCGUAUUAGUAUCCCAAGUGCAUAA